AAUUCCUCAGAAAAUAUAUAACGAUUUUAAUUCAAAUCAAAGUGUUUUUUUAGAGAGAGAGGCGAUGUGCGAGAAAGCUGGAGUGAUAGUGAGAAUGCUACAAGGCUGCAACAGCAUGACCAAGCUCCGUAAGAUCCAUUCCCACGUCAUCACCAGCGGUCUCCAACACCACCCUCCAAUCUUCGACAACCUCCUCCGCUUCUGCGCCGUCUCCGUCACCGGCUCUUUAUCUCACGCUCUCCUCCUCUUCCAACACUUCGAUUCUGAUCCAUCGACGACGGCUUGGAACUACCUCCUCCGCGGCUUCUCCGUAUCGUCAACUCCUCUCUCUUCCCUUCUCUUCUACAAUCAAAUGCUCCUCUCCACACGCCCCGACAUCUACACUUUCAGUUUCGCCCUAAAGGCAUGCGAGAAGCUCCGGUCGGUUCCGAAAUGUCGGGAGAUUCACGGUUCGGUUAUCCGGUCUGGUUUCCACUCCGACAACAUCGUCUCCACCGGUCUUGUUCGUUGUUACUCUGCGACUGGAAACAUUGACAUUGCUUUCAAAGUGUUCGACGAAAUGCCUGUGAGAGACUUGAUCUCUUGGAACGCGAUGAUCUCUUGCCUUUCUCAUGCUGGUUUACACCAUCAAGCUCUGAGUAUGCACAAACGAAUGGAGAACGAAGGUGUGUGCGUCGACGCGUACACGAUCGUUGCUCUGUUAUCGUCUUGUGCUCAUGUAAGCGCUUUGAAUAUGGGAGUUAUGCUACACAGGAAGGCCUGUGAUGUUCGGUGUGAGGGAAGUGUAUACGUGGGAAACGCUCUUAUCGAUAUGUAUGCUAAAGGCGGUAGCCUUGAGAACGCUGUUAGUGUCUUCAAUGGGAUGCGUAAGAGAGAUGUUACAACGUGGAACUCGAUGAUUAUGGGUUAUGGAGUUCAUGGGAAAGGCAUAGAUGCCAUCUCGUUCUUUAGAGAGAUGGUGACUUUUGGGGUUAGACCCAAUGCCAUUACGUUCCUAGGAUUGUUGUUGGGUUGUAGUCAUCAAGGUCUGGUGAAAGAAGGAGCUGAGCAUUUCAAAAUGAUGAGUUCUGAGUUUUGUCUGAGCCCUAACGUUAAACACUAUGGAUGCAUGGUGGAUCUUUAUGGACGAGCAGGGGAGUUCGAUAAGGCGCUUGAGAUGGUACACGCGUCCUCCUGCCAUGAAGAUCCUGUGUUGUGGAGAACCCUGCUUGGCUCUUGCAAGAUCCACAGGAAUUUGGAACUUGGUGAAGUGGCUAUGAAGAAGUUGGUGCAGCUCAAGGCUUUCAACGCAGGGGACUAUGUGCUUAUGACUUCGAUAUAUUCUGCAGCUAAUGAUGCUCAAGGCUUUGCUAGCAUGAGAAAGCUAAUGAGAAGUCAUGAGUUACGGACAGUUCCAGGUUGGAGUUGGAUUGAGAUUGGUGAUCAAGUUCACAAAUUUGUGGUUGAUGACAAAAUGCAUCCGGAGUCUGCACUUAUUUACUCAGAACUAAAGGAAGUAGUUCGUCGCGCCGUACUAGCUGGUUACAAGCCAGAGGUGUCAAACGUAACCGGUUCAGGUUUCUCUGAUCGGUGUUUAGGAUCUGCGUUUCACAGUGAAAAGUUGGCUAUUGCUUAUGGAUUGAUGAGAACUCCUGCAGGAACAGCUCUCAGGAUCACAAAGAAUCUCAGAGUUUGCAGAGAUUGUCAUUCGUUUACAAAAUGUGUGUCGAAAGCAUUCAGUAGGGAUAUUAUUGUAAGGGAUAGAGUUCGGUUUCAUCACUUUGCAGGUGGUCUUUGUUCUUGUAACGACUACUGGUGACAACACUGUUCUCGAUUAGCCUAACAAGGUGGAUUAUGCUAUGUGCAAGAUCUACAUGACGCCAAGGGGAAUUAAGAAAAAAGCAGAGGAAGAAGAAAACGAGAAGAGGAAGAAGAAGAGAGAAGGAGGAGGAGGUGAAGCAUCACAAGAGGUUGAUCAGCCUUGUACUCCUGCGGUUCAGCAAAAGAUGUUGAUGGUGGAGGAGCCGACAGGGCUGUUGUGUGAAGAAAUCGUCAAAGAAGGACUGAUCUCAUAUCAAGUCUAUGGUGACCUGCUCAGAAAGAUUUGGAUAAGAAAGCUUUUAUAUAUAGCGUUUUGUAAUCAAUUAGGUGACGUAGAGAACAAGCAUAGAGUAUAAUAGUUUCCUUGUGUCGUCUUAGUUUCUAGUUGCUUUGUGUGU